AAAGGUGAUUUCUUGAGAGGGCUCUCUGUGUCUCAAUUAUUUAAGCGACAAAGCGAAGCGACCGACUAAUCGAAAGAGUGUCACUACAAACCGAUCAAAAUCCUUCGUUUAAUUGGUCCAAGUAAAGAUGGUUUCUGCUAACAGAGAAAUGGCAGUGUAUUGCUUUGAUACUCUCCUCGCUCAUUACAAUAGCGAGGAAGCUCCUCCUCCUGCUUUUGAUGAGGGCCAGCACCCAUUAUUUGUCACCUGGAAGAAAGUUGUAAAUGGUGGUGAGCCUCGAUUACGUGGAUGCAUUGGAACACUAGAAGCUCGAUACUUGAUUAAUGGGUUUAGGGACUAUGCAUUAACCAGUGCUUUGAAGGACCGCAGAUUCCCUCCUAUACAGCCAAAAGAAUUACCUUCUCUGGAAUGUACAGUUUCCAUUCUGACUGAUUAUGAAACUGCUAACAGUUAUCUUGAUUGGGAGAUCGGAAAGCAUGGUUUAAUUAUUGAGUUUAUUGAUUCUAACAAUAAUACGAGGCGAAGUGCCACAUAUUUGCCUGAAGUGGCUGCCCAUGAAGGUUGGACAAAGGUGGAAGCCAUUGAUUCACUGGUGCGUAAAGCGGGCUACGGCGGCCACAUCACUGAGGCACUUCGGAAGUCUAUUCGAUUAACUCGUUAUCAAAGCACACUAUUUACUUUGACCUACAGUGAUUAUGCCUCAUAUGUCAAGGCGACCAGGGGCACAGCUCCGUCUAUUAAUGGGGCUAAGCCCAUCAACCAUUGAAUUUCAAACAAGCUUUUGCUAAAUAGCCAAGCUUGUUUGGCCAAACAAAAGAAUAAUUUAAAGACUCCUGGGUUGAAAUUGGCAUGUUUGUGUUCCAGCCGAACUAUUCCUGCAAUUGUUAUCAUUCUUCAAAUUCAUUUGAUUUUGAAGAAUGAACCAGAAACCCACCUAAUUGUGAACUUAGGUUUCUGGGCCUCAUUAUGCAAAACUCUGUUAACAGCUCCUUUGUGAAAGCUGUACUGGUGAACUAUUUAUGUUGAAAUUUGAAUCUUAUUCCAGUUUGUCUUCGUUUA